AUGCACUUUAAAGAAAAAACAGAAGGCUUUGUAUCCCCAGAUCUGGAGCUGAUGGUUCAAGGAAUGCACCUUCUCCCAAAAAACCACCCUCCCAGCUAUGAUAAGCAGCAUCUCUCUCCAGUACUCACCAGCAGAAGCACUGCAGAAUCUCAGUACCCCGUGGCGGGGGGUAACAAAAGUCACAGCCAAGCGGGCCGGAGGCCAGCCGGGCAGCCCGCUGGCGGGCGCAGCCAGAGGCCACGGCCCGGGUGCCCUCCAUCCGGCUCGUGGGUGCCAGCGCCGGGCCCGAGGAGCGUUCAGGCGGCCGGGCGGCGGCGCCCGGGGCAACAGGUCCCGCAGGGCCUCGGCCUCCCCUCCCGGGUCCCCGGCCAGCCCAGACCCCCGGCCGAGCGAGGGGGCGCGAGGCGCCGGGGAGGGAGCGGCCCGGGGCGGCGCAGGGCACGGAGUCCAAGCUCCAUCUUGAGGCGGGCGGAGGAAGGGAAGGCCGGGGUCGGCGCCGACAGGGCUGGCCACUUUUCCGGCUCCCGGACGAGCGCCCCAGGGACCCCCUGGCCUCCGAGGCCACCCUCCCGGGACUCCGCGGCUGUCCUCAGGGGCGGCCCCGCGCGCGGGACUCGGCCCCCUCACGGACUCCGGCCCGGCCCCGGCCCCCAGCCAGGCGGGCAGGAGCGGGCCCGCCGGGGCGGGGGGACCGGGAAGGGGAGAGGGCCCGCGCCGCGCCUCGCUCACCGCUGCCGCCGCCUCGAGAGCCGCCAGUCGCCGCCACCUGCCCCACUGCAGCAGCAGCCGCCGCCUCCCGGCUCGUGGGCUCGGGGCGGGGGAGAGGGUGACGCGCCGCCGCCGCGGGGCCGGGCGGGCGCGCGCCGCCAGGAGAAGACGCGGCCGCGGCUCCUCCCCGCGCGCUCCGUCGUCGCGCGCCCGCCCGGCCUCGCGCCCUGCGCCCCAGCCGCACUGGUCCGGCGGAGCGCCCGACGCCGCCGCUUUGUCUGCACCGGCCCCGCGGCGGUCUGGUGGCUGGCCAGCGGAUCCUAA